GGCAAGGCGGGCGACUAACAUAGGCGAGGAGAGGUGAAGGAAAAGGGGCGCUCGGGCGGACUCGGGUAACUUCGGAUGGCCACUCGCGUCGCUAGUGGCGCUUCGGCACGACGGCGGGUGGGGGUAGGGACGAUGCAUGGGCAGCGACUAGGAGGCACUCGGGAGGCAGGGAGGGCAUGCGAACGACGGUGGAGCGCACAGUUCGGUAGUCGCCAUUGCGAGUCUCCCUCGUGUCUCGCGCAUCUCUGACCGAUUCUCUGAUAUUACGCGUGGAGCCUGGACUCUAUUUUUCCGCUAAUCCUAAUAUAAUACAUCCCCCCGGUGGUGGGACCCCAUGCGCGAUACCCCGAUGCAGAGAAUUUGCAGCGAGCUGACUGAAAAAUUGUUGAAAUCCCUUGACAAGGAAUACAAUGUCGUCGAUAUACGAGCUGUUGUCGAUGUCAUUUCGACAUUGGAAAAGACGACAGUCACUAAAGAAGCGUUGGAGAUUACGAGACUUGGAAAACACAUCAAUGAACUUCGUCGAAAAACGAGUAAUGAAGCCUUGGCCAAGCGUGCGAAAGAUCUGGUACGCCGCUGGCGAGACAUGGUUUUACCGACGGUACACUCUACGUCGAGUCAGCCUACCCUGGCUCUCAACGGCGCGAAAGAGAUGGCCCUGAGGAAUUUGAAGCCACAGAGUCCUGCGUUGCGAGAGCUUAAGCCUCACAGUCCUUUAUCUUUAAAAGAUGCCACUCCUCUCAGAGUUCUCAGUCCGGCACUAUCAGUGCAUAGCGACCAUUCACGAUCUCCUAACGCGUCUUCGAACAACAAGCAGUCAAUUACUCUGACCAGCAAUCACAGGAUAAGUUCCUGCUCGAGGAAUGCGUCCCCAGUACUCGGUACCUCGAAUCAGAAUCAUGUAACGGAAGCAGUGCCGCGUACACACAGUUCUAAUAAACGACUACGGAAAGAGGAGAGUAGCAAGGACCAAUGUCAAUACUAUCAAUCGCCGCUUGGAACUGAGUCGACGAUAGAAGAAGUCAAGAAGCAACGGCUCAACGGCGAGAACAUAAGUGGUAAUUUAAAUUCGCAAGUGCCUAGCCCUACACUGAAAGAACGAAUCUCCGAUUGUUUCGCGGAGACCUCUCUCGAGACUACGAACGACGAGUCGGGCCCAAAGAAGCGCGGCCGUAAAAAGGGCAGUAAGUCCGCGAAGCGACAAUCGUUUCUGGAGGACAGCGUGAAAGAGAAGUUGGCCAGUAUCUCGAGGAAUCCAAAACUGAAGACCACGCAAGAGUUACUAGCCGAUUUGCAGGCGCGCGGAAGUAAUUGUAGCCCUAUCGGCAGCGCCAAUGCCCUACCUAGUCAAAGCGUCGCGGAACCGCCGAGCACGGAAGAUGUUCUGCGAGGUAACAAUGAGCAGGUGUUCAAGCAUCUGCGCUGCUCAAGCCAGAAGAACUCCCAGAGUCUUCACAGAAGUGGUCUGCCCUCGGAGACGUCCACUGGCAAAACGCAAAAAGCGGCUCGAUUGAGAGCCGCGGAGAAUUGUCGCGAGUCGUCCUCGCCUGAGUCGUGUCAGGACAGGCUGCGUGAAGACGAUAGGAUAUCAGGAACCAUCGAGACAUUAACGUGUCGAUCACCGUUGCAACGGGACCUCACAGUCGAGGAAAUAUUGGCCAAGUUACCGCCCUUAGAUCCCAGCUCGAUAGACUGGGGCGAAGAAGAAGAACGGGACGACGCCGAAUGUUUUCCGCCACCGCGGGAUGCUACCGCCGAGGAUCUCGAGAGGUUACACAUGCAGUGUAUUGAAGGACUUAACGGGAACUUCCAGCCAAGACUGUCGAUGGCGACUGCGUGUUCCGAUGGUGACGAGCGCUCGAACGCCAGGGACGGAGGGAACGGUGUGUCGUCAAGAUUGUCGAACAUGGAUAGUGUAAAAAGUGUGCAUAACAACCAAACUGACAAUGUGGAAUUUCGGGAGUGGCAUCAGAUGCUAGCGAGGCCCAGUUACCAGGGCGAGAUCCUCAACAUAAUGCCUUAUGUUAUUAUCGAUUAGUGAUUUUAUCAUCUUAUUCUAUUAUUAUCCUUUGUUCCUUCCUCUCCUCUCCUCCUUCCUCCUGUCCUUGAGAAAAGAAUUGUGAGGAGAAUCUUCAGAUGAUUAAAAACAGCCAAGCUGGUCGAGGAAUCACUCGAUCGAGAUUGAUCUUAAAAUUAACGAUUUCUAUUGCAAUUUCUGAUUGUGCUCUUCAUUUCUAUUUACGCUGGCGCACUACACCGCAACCAUUCUUCUUGUCAUCAUCAUUCCCAUUAAUAUAGCCGCUAUCUCGCUGAUCGUACAAGUGCAACCCCGAGCGACAAAUAGCCAUUCUUCUUACCGUCAUCAUCGUUAUCGACAUCAAUCGUCGUAUUAUAAUUAUUAUAUUAUAAUAUUAAUAUUAUAACUCUUGUAUAAUAUUAAUAUUAUUCCUUUUUAUUAUUAUUAAUAUUAUUGUUAUUAGUAUUACUAUGUGAAUUAUUAGUACUCUCUGUUCUCUGCUUCUAUUCUCUUUCCCCUCCAUUACUUUCAUUAUUGUUAUUGCCAUCAUCACUCCAUCAUAAUCAUCAUCAUCAUCAUCAUCAUCACAACCAUCGUCACUAUCAUUAUUAUCGUUGUACUAACGAUAAAGAGAUUAAGAGACCAUUAGGAAAAAAAUAGAAUCAAUGCUAAAUUAUCAUGGCAAGAGCAACAACGUGAUUGGUUUUGUAAUUGCACUGUACGCGGAAUGAAUUGUUAAUUGUGAAAUAUAAAUUACAUAGAUGUGGAAUAACGAAUAUACCGCGGGAUACGCAUGCUGCGAUACGAGUACUGCAUUAUUUUUACACAAUAAUAAAAUAGGCGUCAAUAUGGCUCCUGACUUCUCAUUUUUGAGUAUUCAAAGAUACAAGUCGCUUCUUUUACGCGUUAAUUGAUGUUACUUGCGAGAAAUUGGUUUAUAUCUUUUUUUUAAUCUAUCACACGCCGUGUUCAAUCGAAACAUAGAGUUAAUCCUAAAUUCUGUCGAGGGAAACGAAAAAGAAGAGACGCUAAAAAGACAGAUGCGAAAAUUACACUUGAGAACACGUGAGAAGAUACGCAGACAUAAAAAGACAUAAAUGCAUAAACAAGAUUCAAGAUAAGACGUUUGCCGUUCUUCAAAGUAUUUCACAAGACUGUUACACAGGGAUUCUGUCAUGCGACUGUAAGAAGCAAUGCGAUUUCUUCAAGCUAUCAAUAAGUUAGGUACACCGGUGCCUUAAUUAAGCAAAAAGAAAAAGAAGGAAAGGGCGAAAAAAAAAUAUAUUUGUCUAAGUGCGUCAUAGAGAUUUUCUACUCAAAAUUUCUUUCGUUUAUUGCACUUUGCGUUGCGAUUUACGGCGGACGUAUCGUAAAGUCACACACACACACACACACACACACACACAUCAUGCAUCAUCAAACGGCGGAAAAAAAACUGCGUUAACGAUUAAGUACGGACGCGAUACACGAUUUUCUCGUAAGUGCAAUACCGGACAUGCUGAAAUUUGAUAAGAUGUGUCUCAAAAAAGUUGCAGAGCUGAGUGAAUUAUAAUAAAACAAAAUUCUGAAACAGAUACGUGCCUGGCUCGUCUCCCUCAAGACUGCAGGAACUCGGACCGAAAAAUUUUGAUCCAAAGGCUAAAUCCAAUUUUUAGUUCCAGUUUUAUCGUAAUAAUUACCGGGAUCAUUUGGAUUUUGAUUCUUUUCUCGGUUUUGGUUUUUGAUAAUUAUAUACCUAACUUAUAAUAUUAAUAUUAUUCCUUUUUAUUAUUAUUAAUAUUAUUGUUAUUAUUAUUAUGUGAAUUGAUGAUCUGUAACGAUCAUCAUCACUAAAAGAAAUGAAAUCGAAAGUUGGUAUAGCCUUUGAUCAUAAUCUUAACCAGGCCGAAAUUUUAAUCUGAAAUGUAAUUUCGGUAUGAAUCCCUGCUCAGAAGUAAUCCCUGUCGAACUACAAUAUUACGAUAAAGCAUCUAGUCCAGUAAAGAAUCGAGAGAAUUGUUUUGUAGAGUUGCGUUCAAUACAUUUGUUAAAACCA